AUGUCCAGGAACAACCAACUAAGUAAGGCGUUCUCCUCGCCAUCUCAAAAAAACAAAGGAUUCUUGCAGCCAAUCUUUCCAACUUGACUAUUGACACAACGUCUGACGCAUCCCGCUCGCCGAUCGUUCAAAACGACGUUGUAAUUAUUAACAUCAACACCAACUACGGAACUUCUGCUCCUGCCGCUGCCGAAGAACAAACACAGACGCUCACAAAAGUCUGCAGUAUGCUUGGCCAACUACUGGUGGGAAAUUACUCGGACAAUGCUAAUCACUGACGUUUCCGUUUUCAGCGAGACACCCGAGAAGAGAAAGCAAACGUCGAGAGAGCCGCGAUAGAAGAAGAAGCCGUCGUGCAUCACAACUGCCUCCGUACGGUCCCGAGGUGGACGCGCUUCGGAUGGUCGAUCCGGCGCAGAAGUGAAAAAAGACGAAGAACGGCCCGUUCGGAUGAAAGCGAGACACAGCUGCGAGUACCAAGAUCUGACUAACAUCCCGAGUGGUCAACAGUCUUCGACGCGUCGGCUCAAGUACCGUCUCGUGCCUUCUAAACACGUGAAGGCGAUCCCAGAUGAGGAGCUGUCGGAGAAGCACUUCAAUAACGCGAGGAAGCAUCGGGAGUACGUUCAGCUGGGGAAGAUGAAUUCCUUGGAGGUUUACAGGUGGAAUUCGUUCGGGGAGUGAUCUUUUAACUCUUAAGUUUUCAGUGAAACCGAGGAGGAAGAGCGCGCGGUGGCGCAAGCGGAGAGGGCGAAACGGAGCAAAGAAGCCGGGAUGCAAUUGUACUAG